AUGACAACACAGGAAACCGUAAAUAACACGCAGUCAACAACCAGUUUGUACAACAACAUCAGAAACGUAAUCAAUUUGAUUGAUAAUUUGUCUGAUGCAGGCAUAAACAAAUACAUAGCCUUACCUAGAAUUGUUGUGGUGGGGACUCAAAGUGCUGGAAAAUCUUCAGUUAUAGAAUCUAUUGUUGGGUAUGAUUUUCUUCCACGAGGAGACGGCGUUGUAACUCGCAGACCUUUGGAGCUAAGACUGGCCCACAGACCCAAUACAGUUCUCACCGCCUCGUUUCCUAAUAAUUCACCAGAAAAAUUUUCUAAUCUAGCCCAAGUUAAAAAUAAAAUUCAGCAGUAUACGGAUGAAAUAGCAGGUAAAAACAAGGGAAUUGUAUCUGAACCCUUGGUCUUAAAUAUUUCUGGACCCGAAUGUCCUGAUUUGUCUUUAAUUGAUUUGCCUGGUAUCACGCGUGUACCAAUAAAGAACAGCGAUCAAACAGAAGAAAUAGAGCAGUUGACACGAGAAAUGUCAUAUAACUACGUGAAAGACGAAAAGACAAUAAUACUAGCAGUGAUACCAGCUAACCAAGACAUUUCUACUUCAGACGCUUUGCAACUCGCGAGAAAAGUAGACCCAGAAGGCAACAGAACCAUAGGUGUUGUAACAAAAUUAGAUUUAAUGGACAAAGGCACGAACGCAGUUUCAAUAUUACAAGGAGAGUUGGUCCCACUAAAACUCGGGUUUAUUGCCGUAAAAAACAGGUCACAGUUCGAUAAUCAAAAAGGUUUGUCUAUUGACAAAGCGUUAGAGCUGGAAAAGACUUUUUUUUCGACUAAACCUGAAUACAAAAAAUUAUCUAAAGAUAUGUUGGGAACUCAGGCACUGAUUGACAAACUGACGAAAGUUCUUUUCAGUCACAUUAAGUUAUUUUUACCGGAUAUCAAGGCAGAGAUUCAAACCGAACUGCGUGAAGCACGAAGUGAAUUAGCUUUGCUAGGAAACGAAGUACCUAUUAACAAAAAAAAUAACUCACACAUUGUUUGGACUUGUGUAAACGAUUUUUGCACGCUAUUCAAUAACUUGUUAGCUGGAAAGUAUGACGAACGCUUGGUACUAGACAAUGAAAGAGACUUGACAGAGUUGUGUGGCGGUUCACAAUUAAGACAGGUUUAUGACGACCUGUUAAGUGAAGAGUAUCAAGAUAACAUGCUCUUUGAGUUAUCUCAAGAAGAAAUCAAAAAAGCUAUUUCCCUGCAUCAGGGGGUGGGGCUGCCCGGCUUCCUGUCGCUAGAUACAUUCGAAUUUCUCAUUCUUCCUCAUCUUCAAAACUUGAGACAUCCAGCGCUGCAAUGUUUAGAAAAAAGUACCAACAUACUAGAAGCUUUGCUAGAAAGAGUCGGGUCACGUAUUUUUCAACGUUUUCCCAACUUAGGUUAUAAAGCGGUUCAAAUAGCAAAAAAAGUGCUCAAUGAAAACAAAAAUGUAGCUCACGAUUUGAUCGACAGCAUCAUAACAGCUGAAACUGGGUUUUUAUACACAAACAACAAUCAAUACCAUGAACAGAACUGCGAUUUAUCCAUUCCUCCAUUGCCAACCACUAGUAAAAUGAUUAAUAGCGAUAAUUCUAACUCUUUGUUUUUAAAAAAAGCAGGUUAUGAUAGAUCUAGAUUGUUAGGUUCUACUGUAGGUUUCUCUGGACAGUUAUCCAAAACAAAUUCGACGUAA